GGGAAUUUCCGCGCCUUCUGAGAAGGCCCGCCCUUUCUCACUUCCCCCUUGGGCUCGCAGCCGAAUUCCCGCCGAAACCAUGUUGGCUCGAGGGGACAGCGCGGGUGGGACUGGCACUCGCCAGCUCCACCCCGACCUCGCCCGCGGAACGAUGAGCGGCUUCCUAGACCAGGGCAUGGCGGGGUUCGGGGGCCCCUGCGCUGGGAUGAUGGCGGGGCACCCGGCCAUCAAUAGCGCUGGCAUGAUGGUGGGGCAACUCGCCAUCAAUGGCGCUGGCAUGAUGGUGGGGCAGCCCGCCAUCAAUGGCGCUGGCAUGAUGGCGGGGCCACCGGCCAUCAAUGGUGCCGGCAUGAUAGCAGGGCAACAUGACAUCAGCGGCACGGGCAUGAUGGUGGGGCAACCGGCCAUCAAUGGCGCCGGCAUGACAGCAGGGCACCCGCCCAUCAGCGGCGCCGGCAUGAUGCAACUGGCCAUGAAUGGUGUCGGCAUCACGGCGGGGCACCACGCCAUCAACGGCGCUGGCAUUAUGGCAGGGCACCGUGCCAUCGAUGGCGCCAGCAUGCUGGCAGGUCCCCGCGGCCAGGGCGUGGCAGGGCUCGACGGCCACGGCUCGGGCGGGUUCGUCGAGGGCCACCGGGUCGACGUGUGCGCGGCCCAGCAAGGCGAGGCGCCCGCCGCCGGGCAGCCGCCGGGCACCGUGCCAGAGAAGCUGGUGCCGUUCGUCCUCGGGAUCGUCCUCACGGAGGAGUCACAGCUGACGUCGAACGGUUUUCCGCACGACGCUCCAGCGAUCACUUAUGAUAAAAACAUGAACGAGACGUUCAACAUAGCGAACGCCAUUCUCCCCCAGCUCGUGGACAACCUCCUGGCGGACGUAGUCCUGAACCACGACCAGGACUGGCAGAACUAUCCAGAGGUUGGGAGGGCGGUUGUAACCGCUGGGGGCGAAGAGAAUGGUUUCUGCGUCGGCAUUUGCGCGCCGAGGGGCAGGUGGGCAGUAGGCCUGGGCGGCGGAUGGAAGACCCGCGAGGCCUCGGCCAAGCUGGCUCUCUGCGUCGUGCUCGCGCAGGAGCACCCCAACUACGAGAGGAUCUGCCAGCGGUUCCCAGAGUUUGGCAAGCUGUGCCGGGGCGAGUGCUCCCCGAGCGCGAUCCCUGCGUCCAAGCGGGCCCCCGAGCCCGUCGCGACCCCCACCUUCGGCGCCGCCCCCGUCACCAGGUGGGUGACGCUCGCGGAGCCCUCCACGGUCACGGCCGAGGGGUACCCGCCCGAGGCUCCGGCGGUCAUGCACUCGAAGGAGUUCGGUGCCCUGUUCAACGCGUCGCACGCCAUGCUGACGGAGCUCGUCGGCAACGUGGCCGGCCACGUGAAGCUGACCCACGACCCCGACUGGACCCUCUUCCCCGAGAUCGCGCGGGCCGCGAAGGCCGCCGGCUGCGAGGAGACGUGCAUCUGCAUCGCCACCUGCCCAGACCACAGCGUUUGGGCGGUCGGCCUGGGGGCCGGCUGGAGGACCCGGGAGGCGGCCGCCAAGGUCGCCCUGUGCGUCGCGCUCACCAGGACCCCAUCCCCCAGGGCCCCCACCUCUGGACCGCCGGCCAGCCACCUGCUACCCGCAGUUCGGGGCCGUCUGUGCCCAGGUGGGCCUGCACGUCGGCACCGCCACCGCGGCCCCGGCGGCCUCAACGGGGCCGCCGCCCCCGCGGCGGCCGCGGAACGCGCCGUGGGCCUGACCGCGGUGCGCGGCCGCGCCUAUUGGCUGAUCUGGGUUUGCGAAGACCUGCGUUGCAGUUUUUCCCAACCAUCCUGUGGUGUUGGGUCCUCGUUUUGAAGAGACGGCGCCCCG